UAUAAAUGUCAUUUGCAAAUAUCUCAUUCAAUAGGUUGUCCUUUGGUUUUGCAAUGGAAAACUUUCAAGUUUAACUAGAAAAACUUAACUUUUUUUAUAAGAAAGAAAAUUAGAAAAAUAAUAUCUAUACAUGUUUCCCAAGGACUAUUAUAAGCAUGUUACAUGAUUUAUCUCAUUCACAGUUACUCUAUGAUGUAGUAUUAUUAUUAACCCCUUCUUACAAAUUAGGAAGUCGGAAACACAGGUUGGUAAAUGACUUGUCCAAGGUUGCUCAUGUAGACAUAUGAUUUGCACUCAGGCAAACUGGUUCUAGCUUCUCUGUAGUAUAUUCAGUGGAGUUGAAGGCAUCACUCCUGAAAAACUAUGAAAGACUUUUUCAAGUUAUAGAAGGAGCAGCAUGUGACUAGUUUGUUAUUUGUAGUCACAACUUGAUCCUGUCAUAUUUGACAUUGUUCCUCAGAUGCAGUUUCUGUGACUUUUAUGUGAAGAUUGGGCAAUAGUAUGAAGUCAGUGACCAGAAAUCAUUCAGCAAUAACAACGUUCAUCAUACUGGGUUUGACAAGUGACCCACAACUAGAAAUUCUGUUUUUUUUCUUCCUGCUGAUCACAUAUAUGUUAAGUGUGAUUGGGAAUCUGACCAUAAUUUCUCUGGUCUUGGUGGAUUCUCAUUUAAAAACAGCUAUGUAUUUUUUCCUUCAAAAUUUCUCUUUCUUAGAAAUCUCAUUCACAACUGCCUGUGUGCCCACCUAUCUGCACAUCAUAUCAAGUGGGGACAAAACCAUCACCAUCAAUGCCUGCUUCAGCCAAAUCUUUUUUAUUGUCCUCUUUGGAGCUACAGAAUUUUUUCUCUUGGCAGUGAUGUCCUAUGACCGCUACGUGGCCAUCUGCAAACCCCUGCAUUACAUGAGCAUCAUGAACAGCAGAGUGUGCAGGAAUCUCAUCCUCUGUUGUUGGGUAUCUGGCUUAUUGAUUAUCCUUCCACCCCUUGGCCUGAGCCUCCAUCUGGAAUUCUGUGACUCUGUUAUUGACCAUUUUUAUUGUGAUGCUUCUCCAAUCCUGAAGAAUUCCUGUUCAGAUACAUGGUUCAUAGAGCAGCUGGUCAUAGUCUGUGCUGUGUUGACCUUCAUAGUGACCCUUGUGUGUGUUGUUCUGUCCUACAUAUACAUCAUUAGGACGAUUCUAAGAUUCCCAUCUGCCAAGCAAAGGAAGAAAGCCUUUUCCACCUGUUCUUCCCACAUGAUUGUGGUUUCCAUGACCUAUGGCAGCUGCAUCUUUAUGUAUAUCAAACCUUCAGCCAAAGAUGAAGUGGCCAUUAAAGGAGUAUCCCUGCUCACUACAUCUGUGGCCCCUUUGUUGAACCCCUUCAUUUCUACCCUGAGAAAUAAACAAGUAAGGCAGUCUUUCUAUGACACUUUUAAAAGACUUAUGUUUAAUUCAAAAAAGUAGCAGAACUGCAUACUGGGAAUUAAAAUUAAAAGAUAUAUCAUGAGAAUGUAGGUGGAAACAGAAGCCAUGAGGAUGACACAUUUUGACAGACAUUAAAGAGAACUGAGAAGAAAGAAAGCUGACAGUCCCAGCAUCUGUGCAUGGGCAUUCUCUUCUCCCUUAAACUGUUAAAACUUUCAAUCUCUUCUUAACUGGUAAUUCAAUCAAGUCUUCAUAAUCAUUUCAAAUAAGCAUUAGUCAUUAGUCUUUCAUGUCGCUAUUCUGUACAUGUCAUUACUUUCCCCUUUUUGCUACACAACCACUUUUGAAGAGUCUUCCCUUUGUAGGAGGAAAACUGCAUCGAUUUGCAGGAAAUGCAGACUACCUUCAUCUUCAUAUCAGCCUUGUCAAUGCUGUCCUCACAAUAAAUAACACAAGAAUAGGUACAGAAAUAAGAAUACCAUAAUAUUCCUUUCCCUUUUUAUCUGAAUGUAUUAAAAUAAUGUAAAAACAACUGACACCCCCUCAUCCACCAAUACAAAGAGAUGUUGCAAUAUAGCCCUCAAAGAAAGAUUUCCUCCUUCAGUAGUUUUUCAAAGAAAAUGAGAACUUUUUGGCUUAAAGUCAUCAGAUUGCUGCUGAAAGAGAGUACAAGAUUCUGCAAAGGUUGAAACUGGUGAAAAGUGAGGUGAUUGUAGAUGGAUACUUCUGCCCUUAGAGGCAUUUUCAGGUUCAUGGCUAUAUAUGUUUUCUUUCUUUUAUUUUUUUGAGUCUUACUUGUUUAAAAGUUAAAAAUAUACAUUACAUAAUUAGUCUGUUAUAUUAUCAUUUUAUGUUUCAUAUUAUUUGCAUCAUCCUUCUAUGUUUGUCCUUUUAUUCGAAUAUUUCUUUUAAAAAUAUUUUUCAGUUUGUCUUUUGAUGAAAAGUUGAGGGUGACUGUUAAGGUUUUGCUCUUAGGAAUCAAAAAUGUUCACAGAAAAUAAAGUCAGAGGCUUAUAUAAAUACUUGGGAACCUCAUUUGAGGGUAGAAUUGGCUUCUGGGACCACUGAUAAGAGGGGAUGGUUGUGUUAAAAUGCUGUAGGCCCUACUGGGAGGCAACUGAACAUGAGCCAUAAUAAGGUGGCUUUAAAGUGAGGUCCAGAAUUUCCUAUUGUCCUGAAGUGUGCUAUUGUCCAGGAAAGAGCAAGAAAACACUUGAGUCGUUUCUACAAAUGAAGGUGUGUGGAGUGAACCAGGGCUCUUCUAUUCUGUGAAUGGAAUUUUUGUGUCAAGCAUAAUUCUACUGUGCUUUUUAGAUAGCUGUGGGUUUUAGGGAAACACAAUUGUUUGACUGAAAAGGAAUUAGCUCUCUUCUACUCUUUCGGUGGUGGUUACAUAAGUGUUUACAGUUUAUUACAUGGUACUUUUAUGUCUUAGUUAUUUUUCUGUAUAUUUAAAAAUAAAAAUUCUUUAUGGAAAAAUAUGUCCUUUGUGUGGCAAGCCUUCUGAGGUAUCUUAUAUUUUCCUGUCAAAUUUAAAUGUCUGAUUUCUGUUUUCUUUUUUGAUUAAGUUAAAAACUUUAUUAUAGUUGACUUACAAUGUUGUAUU